UUCCGAUUGUCCGUCCUGUCGGACUGGUGGUGGGGCAACUGCGCCAUGUUGGAUGCUCAGUGCCUUCUGUGAGGGAAAUCCGCCGGCAUCCCUUGAAUUCUUCCAAAAAAAACCGUCUCUUGCUAUUCCGGGGAUGGGGAGCGUAUUCCCCGUCUCCGAUUCAAGCGGAUAAUUACAUGACAAGUUUACUGCUUGUACUUGUGUUUUGUGACAGUGUCAGAGACUGACCGGUCCUGUACCGGCAUUUUUUUUCUUGUUAAAUAGUAUAUUUCACAUUUUAGGUAACGGGAUCUUCUUAAAGAGUUAUUCUUCCUUGUUUAAGUGUGUGACUGUAUGUGUGAGUGUCCGAUCCCGUGGGGUUACUUGCGAUGAGUUUACCGCAGAAACCGGUACCGAAAACCGGAUCAGCUAUUGGAACUGGACCCGGAACCGGACCGGUACUGCUUCAUCCUUCUCACCAGAUCAGGACCAUCCCGGCACAAGCUCAGUAUCCUUUGGCAGGCGCUGUCUUGCAGUUUUGUGUCUAACGUGGGAAAUGUUAUAUAAUGUUUAUCUGCAUGGAGGUGAAGGCAGCCCAAGAGAGCAGCCUCCGUACCCAUCAGGACAAAAUGCCACCCCACCUACACUGGUGUAUUCCCAGUCCCCACAGGCAAUGAAUACACAGCAACAGACAAGAUCACCGGGAGGAUUCAGACCCAUUCAGUUUUUCCAGAGGCCUCAGAUACAGGCAUCGCGCACUGCCAUUCAGAACACUAACCCUUCUCUCCGUACUGGAACACCGACUCCAGCACCUGCAGUGUACCCGACUAAUCCACCUAUUAUGAUGGUUAAUCCGCUGUCAAUGCAGUACACAAUGCCCCAGAGCCAGUACUGUAUACCUCCGUACCGUCACAGUCCUGCUGCUUAUGUGGGGCCACCACAGCAAUAUUCUGUUCAGCCACCUGGGCCGAAUCCAUUCUAUGCAGGUCCUGGCCCUGGAGAAUUUCAAAAUGCAUAUGGGGCUGCGUUUUACUCGAGUCAGCCGGUGUAUCAGUCUGCACCCAUCAUAAUGUCUGCUCCACAGCAACUCCCACCAGCAAAAAGAGAGAAAAAAACGCAGAUCCGCAUCAGGGAUCCAAACCAAGGAGGUAAGGAUAUUACAGAGGAAAUAAUGUCUGGAGGAGGAGGAAGUAGGAAUCCAACUCCACCAAUAGGGAGACCCACGUCCACACCUACCCCACCACAGUUUUUAUGUUCGCACGCUCAUUAUCCUCCUUUUUUGUACUUCAAAUCCCAGCAGCUUUCAAGCCAGGUCCUGGAUCAUGUCUCCUUGGUGUACAACAGUACAGAGAACGCUCACCUCGUCACAGCUACCACAGUUGCUGCAGUUGCCAUCUCUACUGUCACCACCACUUACGAUUCUAAGCAAGAAGAGAAGCCAAAACAAGAUACAGUAUUAAAGUCGCCUUCUCCUGGAUUGAGGCCUGAUGCCAGUAGUGAUAAACGAGACCAUGCAGGACAAACUCCAGACCUGACUUUUACGGGUAGAACACAAGAACUGUUAGCUAGUGCUGCUGCAUCCUUUGGGUCAUCUGUACCAUUUGAGUUAACGGAUAGACUACAGUCACCUCUCAUGAAAGAGAUUGCUAAACCUUCCCUAGGAGUGCUGUCCAAUGAAGUACUUGCUCCAGAGCAUAUCCAUUUUGACCGGGUCAGCAUAGCUGUGUCUAAAGAACCUAGUGAUGUUUCAUGUAGAGAUGUUCCAGUCACUUGUAGCACUAGUUUAGUGAAAGAAUUAAAUGGAAUUAGUGGUAAUGUAACUGAAAUAAUUAUAACAUCAAAGGAAUUACCUCAAAUGACUAUAAACCUGGAAACUUCAGAAACCCCAAAAGCUGAAAUGAAAGUGGAAAGUUUGCCUGUUUUUGUUGAACUUCCUGCUGCUGUUACACCUGCUACCUUUAUCACUGCACUUCCAGCAAGCCAGUUAGCCUUAAUAAAUGAUAGUAGCUUGAGAACUUCCAUUAGAGAUGAAAUUAAAGAUGCAAUUAAGCAAGGUGGGACAGAAACAGAUGGCAUUCAAGAAACCGAAGAAAACCCAGAGUCUGAAGACCAUAAUGUAGAAGGAGGCUCUGUGCAAACCCAAACAGCUGUUGCACCAAAGACAUGGAAGAAGCCAAAAGAAUUGGACCAAUUGGAUGAAGAUCAGCUAGGAACGGUCCAAGAGCUUAGAGUGGAUGAAGAACCUGAACAAAUGCUCGAGCCUGAGCAGGAAAAAAAACAGGGCCUGAGUUUGGACAGAGAUUCCCCUGACCUUAAAACUGAAAGAAUCAUAGAGCAGAAUGGCGAAAAGGAUGCUGAGCCUGUGCAUAAAAAUGCAGAUCAUUUUUCUGCAAAUGAAAGCAUUGACAUCUGUAAGAUAAAAGAAGCUGUCGUGGAGUCAUUUUUAGAAGAUGAGGUGAUUUGUAACCAGUUGAAGACAACAGGUGUGGAGGGUUCAGAUAAGACCAUCACUUUAAAAGAGCAGAGGAGACCUUCGGACCCUGAUGCUAAAAAACAGUAUGAUAGAGAGUUUUUGCUUGGGUUCCAGUUUAUGCCUGCUUGUGUGCAGAAGCCUGAUGGAUUACCCCCCAUCAGUGAUGUCGUACUAGAUAAGAUCAAUCAGUCAAAGGUACCUCUGCGAACAUUAGAACCCAGGAUGCUGGCACGUGGAACAGAUUUUACACCUGCUUAUGCUUACGCAGAUUUUGGAAGGCAAACCAGUGGUGUAAGGGGAUCUGUGUUGAAUGUUGGACCUAGGAGGAGUCAGCAGGGCCAGAGAAGAGACCAAAGAAAAAUCCUUACAAAUGUCUUAGUGAUGGAUGAUGUCCAGCUGAAAAAGUCAGAAAAUGCCUGGAAACCCACUCAGAAACGUGAUGUCCAGGUAGACGAACCUGAAGUUCAGAAAACUCAGGAAUUAUUCCGUAAGUUUCGAAGUAUCCUGAACAAGUUGACGCCUCAGAUGUUUAACCAAUUGGUCAAACAGGUGACAGAGCUGACAGUUGAUACAGAAGAGAGAUUAAAAGGAGUGAUUGACCUUGUGUUUGAGAAAGCCAUUGAUGAACCCAGCUUUUCAGUCGCAUAUGCCAACAUGUGUCGAUGUCUUGUUAUGCUAAAAGUGCCUAUGACUGAUAAGCCUGGGAGUAUGGUCACUUUCCGAAAACUUUUGCUAAACCGGUGCCAGAAGGAGUUUGAAAAGGACAAAGCAGAUGACGAUAUAUUUGAGAAAAAGCAAAAAGAACUAGAUGCAGCAUCUACAAUAGAGGAGAAGACAAGACUUCAAGAGGAGUUAGAGGAAGGGAAGGACAAAGCACGUCGCAGGUCUAUAGGCAACAUCAAAUUCAUCGGUGAGCUGUUCAAGCUGAAGAUGCUGACAGAAGCAAUCAUGCAUGACUGCGUAGUGAAACUGUUAAAGAACCACGAUGAGGAAUCAUUAGAGUGUCUCUGCCGGUUGUUGACGACAAUUGGCAAAGACCUUGACUUUGAGAAGGCAAAGCCACGCAUGGACCAGUAUUUUAAUCAGAUGGAGAAAAUAGUAAAAGAAAGAAAAACCUCUUCUAGAAUCAGAUUCAUGCUCCAGGACGUUAUAGAUCUGAGGAUGUGUAACUGGGUGUCUCGGAAAGGAGAUCAGGGCCCUAAAACAAUUGAACAGAUUCAUAAAGAAGCAAAAAUUGAGGAACAGGAAGAGCAGAGAAAAGUCUAUCAGCAGCUUCUAUCCAAAGAUAAACGACGACCAGGUGUUCAGAGGGAUGAAGGCUGGAAUACUGUGCCGAUGUCAAAGAACAGCAGAGUCAUAGACCCUACAAAGUUCCUUAAAAUCUCCAAGCCAACGAUAGAUGACAAGAUUCAGUUGGUCCCCAAAGCUCAACCAGCCAGUUGGGGAAAAGGUAGCAGUGGUGGAGCCAAAGCUAGUGAUUCAGAAUCCUUACGACCUGCCAGCACUAGCUUAAACAGAUUCUCAGCAUUACAGCAGGUGUUGUCAUCGAUAUCUUCAUCGUCGGAUCACGAUUCUCGCAGGUCUUUAACAAGUCGGGGUAGCUUAGGCAGGGAAAAGAGUGAAAAGACAUUGCCAUCUUCUGCUACGUCUUCUCGUCCAAGCACAUUUUCACGAGGGAGCAGUAGUAAAGAGCUGACAAAAAAUCAGUCCCAGGAGGAGUUGCCCAAGGAAACUCUGGAGACUGUAAGGCACACGAUUGGAAACACAGAAGACCGGAGUGGCACAGAAUCAGAGCGGAGCAGAAGCAAGGAGGCUGCCAAGAUUGAUGUUUUACUGCCUUCAGUGCAAGACAAAGCUGCACUGUCUGAAGAGGAGAUGGAAAGAAAAUCCCAAUCAAUCAUAGAUGAAUUUCUACAUAUUAAUGAUUAUAAGGAGGCAAUGCAGUGUCUGGAUGAUCUGAAUUCACAAAGUUUGUUACACAUUUUCGUACGGGUUGGCGUGGAGUCUACGUUGGAAAGGAGUCAGAUCACAAGAGAUCAUAUGGGACAGUUGCUGUAUCACCUAAUACAGUCAGGCAAACUAACCAAGCAUGCAUUUUUCAAAGGGCUCCAUGAGACCCUGGAGUUGGCAGAUGAUAUGGCCAUCGACAUUCCACACAUCUGGCUGUAUUUGGCUGAGCUGGUAACCCCAGUAUUGAAAGAAAGAGGCAUCCCUAUGAAGGAAUUAUUUACAGAAAUCAGCAAGCCUUUAAUUGCAGUGGGAAGAGCUGGCGUUUUGCUUUCUGAGAUACUGCACCUUCUAUGCAAACAAAUGAGCCAUAAGAAAGUUGGAUCCUUGUGGAGAAAAGCUGACCUCAACUGGAAGGAUUUCUUAGGUGAAGGUGUGGAUACCCGAAAGUUUAUUUCUGAUAUGAAACUAGAAUUCACUGUAUUGGACUCUUCCAGUCCAUCUGAAGCACUUUCAAAGAAGCAGUUUUCUGCAGAUGAGUUGAAUGCCCAGUUAGAAAAAAUUAUCAUCGAGGAGAAAGCAAAUGACGAACUUAUUUUCGACUGGGUAGAGGCAAAUUUAGAUGAAUUUCAAAUGAGUUCACCAACGUUCCUUAGAGCAUUAAUGACUGCUAUCUGCAGAGCAGCUAUUGUAGGUGAUGGUUCUUCCUUUCGGGUUGACACAAGUAUCAUCAAGCAAAGAGCACCAGUUUUACUCAAGUACCUUGACUCUGAUACAGAGAGAGAAUUACAAGCACUUUAUGCACUACAAGCAUUAAUAGUAAAACUUGACCAACCUCCCAAUUUGCUUCGCAUGUUUUUCGAUUGUCUGUAUGAUGAGGAAGUGAUAACCGAAGAUGCCUUCUACAAAUGGGAAAAUAGUAAAGACCCUGCUGAACUAAAUGGAAAAGGAGUAGCACUAAAAUCUGUCACUGCAUUUUUUACAUGGCUACGGGAAGCAGAUGAGGAAUCUGAAGAUAACUAACACACAGUACUUAACAUAUUCAUGUCUUCGCCAAUCGAUGUGCAAAAAGGCCAACGGUCGCAGUGACGACAAAUAAUUUACAUAAACAUAUAUGCACGGGUGAAACAAAACUGCAAGAGAUCAUGGCGUGAAAGGUACAUGCAAAAAAAAUAGAAACCAUAGACAGCACUAAAUAAAUAAACAUAUAUUAUUUAUAGAAAAUAUUUUUGUUUUAAUUGUUAAAACUUUUUUAUUAAAAAGGACUCAUAGUAACAAAUUUCUGAGUACAAAAAAACUGAACACUUUAAUUUAUUAUUUUAAGAACUGCAAAUACUUAUGCACUUACAGAUUUGCGGUUCCUGUAAACAAAAUGUAUAAUAGAGAUGCAAGAGUAAUAAAACUUUGCCCCCAAAGUCAGAUGCAUUCUUGUUUUUUAAAACAGGGUACAUGGCAAAUCUAGUAAAGAUAAAUAUGAAUGAUCACUUUAUUAAGAGUUGCCGUCAGCUUUUCUUCCUGCCUGCAUAAGCUUGUUAACUGAAUAAAAAGAAUAAAUGUACAUAACUUCGGAGCAAAUGGGGCAUACAUUGUAUCACAUGGACGACAACUCAUGGAAAAUUAACAUGAAAAAGUGGAUGCGACAUUAAUCACUUCAGAAGUGCUUGUAAUACUUUCCAAAGUGUAAAAAAAUCAAAAAGCUUGUAAAUACGUAAAGUAUUUAAAUUGACUCAUUACUUUCACUUUCAAAGAACUGAAUAAAGAGGGAAAAACUUGAAGGUUGAAAAUAAAGCAUAUUGAUUUUGAAAGAAACUAA